UGACUCGAUGGACUAGUCCACAAUCAAUAAUCUGUAUCAGCAAGGAGGUUUAUAAAUAUAAUAUAUCAGGGUCUCAGCUUUUGGCUUGUUGGAAUGCUACAUGGUAUUCAGGGUCGGUCUGUUGUCCAAUAGUACAAAUCCCAGGGUUCAACGAAACAAUAAACAAACUCUUAAAAAAGCCGGUGCAAUCAUGUUUACACAUAUUGACGUGGACUGAAACAACAAUAGGUGACCUUUUCGCGCCAUUUACUUGCACGCCUUCCCGGCAUGCUACUCACCAUAUGACCAAAGUUCAAUGUUGUAAAAACACCUGCCAUUGGCUACCAGGUGUGCAUUGUUCUAUGCAUUCACAUUAUACUGUGACAAAUGAGAGGCAGCAUAUCAUAUUAGACUUAGCCCCAAGUUUCCCGCCUAAACUCAAGUGUGUAUGAAAUUCUGGCGACAGAGUUUUCUUCCGGGUUGGACAAUAGACCGCCAAAACGUGGGAAGCAGACAAGAUCGGACUCUUCAUUGAACAGAUCCAAGUCCAUAUUAUUUGGGCAUCCAAUAUCGUGUCUUGAAAGACGAUGCCGGCACCGACCCCACGGCGCUCCAAGCGGAAUGUACGCAAAUCGCAACUGAUUCCACUUGUAACGCCCUUCCGGAAACUUCUGCAGAAGAUCUCCCUGUCUAUGGAGGACGAAGAUCUCGAGACUAUAAAAUCCCUAUUACGGGAUACUCAGAACCAUGAGAGAAGAGAGAGGUAUAGAAACUGCGGCAGUGCCCUGGAGGUGUUUCUGCAAUUGGAGGAAGAAAAUCUGACCGGAGACAAUGAUGACGAAAGACUUGAAUACAUCCUCACACUGUUGGAGGACACCGAGAAUUUCAACAGGGAGUACUUCAAGGAGGACAUAGAAGCUUACGAACGUGAUUUAGAAAACGAGGAGAAUCUUCAGCGAGACCACGUGACCCUUGACCUGGUGGGUCGGGACGAAGACAUGAACGCUCUACUGGAGGAGAUAGACGCCGACCAAACGGAACAUGUGAAGGUGGUCAGCAUUACCGGCCUUGGUGGGGUUGGAAAAACUACCUUUGCACACCACGCAUGCGCAAGACAAGAGAGAGAGGAAUAUUUCAUUGACCUGCGAGAGGUGACAAGCGUGGAAAAUGUGCACCUGAAGAUCAUGCGAGAGUUUGGCUACCCACUGAUCGACUGUGAACCAGAGAGGGUGUACGAGGAGAUUCGCAGCUACAGCGGACAAGAGGCUGUCAUCAUUCUUGACAACGCCGAUGUACUGCUGGAGAAAAGGGACACUAGAGAUGAGUUCCUGCAGACUUUGGCCAAUUUUGAAAAGCAACUAAACAAUCAGAUCCAGAUAUUUGUGACCACGCGAGUCCACCUGAUUGACGAUGAGCAUGAGUCCCCGUUCAGUAACCUGAUCCUGUGCCAGCUGGACGUACUACGGGAGGGAGGGGCGGAGCUGGUGCAGAAGCUGGCGGGGAGGAACAUCAUAACUCCCGACGACGCCAAAAUCUUGGCCGAUAGAUGCGGAAAUUGGCCACUUGCGAUCAAGGUCGUGUGCAGUCAGCUUCGGGCUCGCACCGUUACGCCAGGAGACAUGCUGAGCAGGCUCCAAACGUUACAGAAUAUCAAAGAGAUCCGUGAGUUCAUGCUGCAAGCCUACGACUCCCUGCCUGAGCCGCUACGCCACGUACUGGUGCAGAUCUCCGUGUUUGCCGGACCGUUCACUAAAGAGGCUGCCGAAAAGAUUCUAGACAGCGGCAGGAAGGUCGGCAACCUCCUAGUGAAUCUCGAGAGGCGUAAUCUGAUCAGUACGUCCCCUGUCGGUCCUUCGCGGUAUGACAUGCAUGAUUUGCUCCGCACCUUCCUGUCCUCCCUGCGUGUCAACAGGAACUUCGGCGUCGGCCAGAUCAUCGGAAAAGCUGAAUACCGUUUUAAAAAGUACUAUGAACGCCGCAUGCGCGAUGUAGCCAAAACCAUGAAGUCAGACUUGGAAACAGCGCUGAAAGAGUACGACGACGACUCUGCAAACUUCAGCCACUUUCUUCACUUGGUGGUGGGAGAGACCAUCAACGAACGUGAAAGGAUGGUACAUGAAGAAGGUGAUGACCGGUUCUGGCUGGACCCGGCUGAUGAGCCAGAAAGAGCCCACCAAGCGUCAGUAGGGGUGUUACUGGAACAGAUGCUGACAGUGGACGAACGGAUUAGAUUCUACAACAGCCGCAUGAACGCUGCGAAAGAGCAGGGCUAA